AUGGGCUUCGAGGCGCUGAAGCCGGCGCCCGGCGGCGCGGCGGAGGCGCAGAAGGCGCUGGACAAGGCCUCGGGCGCCAACCGCGCCUCGGCGCUGGCGGCGCUGGCUUUGGCCUUGGGAGCGGAGGGGAAGUUCGAGGACUCCUUGACGCGUGGCUUAGAAGCGCUGGACCUCUGUGAGGUGCAGAAGGACAACAAGGGCAAGGGCUGCUGCUUCUUCGCCGUGGCCAGGACGCACCUCCUGCGGGGCGCCUUGGCACAAGCGCAGCAAAUGUCCGCUGCAGCGCUGAAGAUCUUUCAGGAGGCGAAGGAUGGCGCCUGGGAAGAGGCCGCGGCCAAGCUCUUGCUGGCGGCCAGCGUGGGCAAAGCAGGCCCGGGCGGUGCAGCGGCCGCCGCCGGCGCCUGCGCCGGCGCGGCGGCCGCGGCCCUGCUGGGGGCGGCGGAGCGGCGCCGCGGCAGUUUGCUGCGGAUCGCGGAGGCCAAGGGGCUCAGCAGCCGAGGGGACCACGAGGCGGCCCUGAAGCGGGUCUGCGACCCAUACACGUUGGCGUCAGGGGAGCCCGACGACCUCACCGCGGAGACGCCCAUGUGCCCGGCGGAUCUGGGGAUCGGCUUGACUCCAGAGGUGAGUGCCGCCCUGAGCCGCGCCGUGGAGGUCUUGGCCAAGGGUGGCAGCGCCAAGGAGAAGGCAGCAGCGGCAGAGGCCAAGGCGAACGUGCUGGCCAUCCAAGGCGGGGGCAACAAACCUCUGCAAAGCGGGCGGUGGAUGCUGCCAAGGCGGCAGUGGAAGCGUCCAAGGCUGACGCUGCCCGGGGCCCCGUGUUGGCUCGACUGA